CACACCCCCUUGUAUUGUUCGUAUCCACAGUUUUUGAUCCAAUUCCAUCAAAAAUAUGGAAUCCUUCUGAUCGUAAUAUAACCCUUCUCCUUAUUAAUCCCUCAAACAAAGUUUCAUUCUUUAACAAAUUCAAAACAAAAAACCAAAAAAAAAGAAAAGAGAAGAUUUUUAUCUCCGUCCGAUGUCGUCGACACCUCUUCCUCACGAUGACGCAAUCACCGCCGAACAAACACCGUAUCCACCGCCUUCACCGAAGGCCAACACGACGAACCUCUCAACCAAGAUCCUCUCCAAAAUCCUCGUGGGUUUCAUCAUGAUCCCUGUAGCUCUAACCGCCUUGCUCUUCAUCCUCAUGUCUCUCGGUUUCUCCGUCUUCUUCUUCGCUCUCUACUGGUUUCUCCACCGUAACUACCGCCGCCGCCUCCGUCGCCACCUCCGUAACGAAUCCUCGGAUGGGUUGUCUCCCAGAUGCGUGAAGAGUCUUCCGCAGUUUAAGUUUUGUGAGCCGACAAAGUACGGAGGGGAGUGCGUGGUUUGUAUCGAUGGGUUCAGACAAGGACAGUGGUGUCGGAGAUUGCCUGGAUGUGGGCACGUGUUUCAUAGGAAGUGUGUGGACUUUUGGUUGAUGAAAGUUGGGACUUGUCCGAUUUGCAGGGAUAGGGUUUAAAAGGUGGAAUUUUUUUUUUUUGAUGGGAGAAGAACGUAACUAGUUCUUUAGUAGUUAGAUUUGUUGUUUGAUAGUUGUUUGGUUCACUUUAAUUUUAUUAUGGUGAUGUUAAAGCAAAUUUGGUUUUCAUCAAUAAUCAAAAUCAUGUACAGUUUAUCUUUUUACAGAGCUCAACAAAUUGUGAAAGCUUCUUGCUUUACUGGUGAUGGAGAAUUCAAUAUUGUUUCAAGAUUUGAUCCCAAGAACUUGAAAUAUUAUGCCAAUUGUUGAAACUCAAUCUUACAGACUGGGAAUUGAAGUGUUAGCAAUGUUUUGUAUUUUCUUAGCUGUUAGACUUAUAGAGAAUCCCCUUUAGCUCACUGGUAAGCAACAGUU